GACCUUCCACAAUGGGUGAACCACAGCAAGUCAGUGCUCUGCCACCACCUCCAAUGCAGUACAUCAAGGAAUAUACGGAUGAAAAUAUUCAGGAAGGCCUGGCUCCCAAGCCUCCACCUCCAAUAAAAGAUAGUUAUAUGAUGUUUGGCAACCAGUUCCAAUGUGAUGAUCUCAUCAUUCGCCCUUUGGAAAGUCAGGGCAUCGAGCGACUUCAUCCUAUGCAGUUUGAUCAUAAGAAAGAACUGAGAAAGCUCAAUAUGUCUAUCCUUACUAAUUUUUUAGACCUCUUAGACAUCUUGAUAAGGAGCCCUGGGAGUAUAAAGCGAGAAGAAAAGCUAGAGGAUCUUAAGCUGCUUUUUGUUCAUGUACAUCAUCUUAUAAAUGAAUACCGACCCCACCAAGCAAGAGAGACUUUAAGAGUAAUGAUGGAAGUGCAGAAACGUCAACGUCUUGAAACAGCUGAGAGGUUUCAGAAGCACCUGGAACGAGUCAUUGAGAUGAUUCAAAAUUGCUUGGCUUCUUUGCCGGAUGAUCUGCCACAUUCAGAAGCAGGGAUAAGAGUUAAAACAGAACCAAUGGAUGCUGAUAAUAGCAGCAGUUGCACUGGACAGAAUGAACAACAAAGAGAAAAUUCUGGUCAUAGGAGAGACCAGAUUAUAGAGAAGGAUGCAGCCUUGUGUGUCCUAAUUGAUGAAAUGAAUGAAAGACCAUGAAGGAUGUUUCUUUUUUUCUUUUGUCCUUAUAGUACAUAGCAUUAUAUAGUAUUUUCUGGUGGAUUGCCUUAAAAAAGAGGUAUUAACUAAAAGUCAUCUAAAUUUUGAUCUCGACUCCAACUUUGUUCAUUAUAAAAUAGCACGGCUGUAAUUUCAGCAAACACAGACAAAUGAGUGCCCUUACAUUAAGAGUCAUCUUAAAAAGCAAAAUGUUUGCUGCUGUUUUUGUGGGACAGUCUUGGUUUUGGAGUUCCAGUAAAACUUUGAAGGUA